AUGGAGGAGAUGGAGAUACAACAAGCGAUUGAAGCCGAUGAUUUCCACGGCGGCGGCGGCAGGACCGUACAUUCCGCUCCUAUCACUUCAGAAUAUCCGGGUCACGUGGAUGUACCGCUAGGCCAUCAUGCCCAUUCUCAUCCUGGCCACCAGAACAUGCCCGGGAAUGACGGUCAUGGUGGCACCUGGCGUUGGCGUAGGCGCAGUUCUCAGCGCCCGGGCCUCGUUACUCAUACUGGGACUGGUACCGACCUAGUGGCCCCCGACCAUGACCCAACUGGAAGUCCAGUGAUAAUACCUUUUUCGCAUGCACAAUUCGCGUCACCUCUAGCAGUUCGCGCUCACAAUCACAAUCACCCUCAUCAUCACAUUCACCCUCAAUCGCUCCCAAACUCACCCUACACUCACCCCCACGCUCUUCAUCAUCAGAUAUUACCCUCUCGUCAAUCGCUCUCUCACUCUCACAUUUCCGACAACUCUGCCACAGUCGAUGGCCAUUUCGGCACAAUGGAGCAGAUCGAGACACAAGCAAGCGACCUUCGGUUCCUUGCCCAAGUUCCUGUAUUGAAUCCAACCUCGAGCCCGUCUCUCGGCCCCGGCUCCGGCGCCGGACGAGGCGGGACUCCAGCCCGUACCCCCGGGAGCGCCGUGGGAGCCUCUACGGGUGCUCCUAUUGCUUACGAGAAUCAUGCCAGCCCAAGUUCCGCCUCUGUCGGCGACAAUUCCGCUCACGGUGCGAACGCGUCCAAUGCCAACAAGAGGAAGUCGGCAGACGACGGUCAAGGCAACGGAGCAAAGCAAGCAAGAAGUAAAAGAAACAGAGGGUUCCUUCUCCAGAGGGCUACACAAGACUGCACGAUACUCGCCUAUCGAGUCCUUCGAGUCCUCGGACCAAUGAAUGAAUCCGAUGAGUUCAAGCAGGUCACAUCACAACUAGGUCGCCUUCAAGAAGAGGUCGGCUGGCUUCACCAAACCGUCAAGGCCCUUCAGUCCGAACCUGCCCGAUAUUCCUCACUUGGUGACCGGACAAUGACCCACGGCCACGGCACGCCGGCAGUCGCCCCUUCACCUUCUCAUAGUUCUGCUUCACUUAACCGACAGGAUAGUUCGAAAUACGGUUCUUUCCGGGGCCCAACAAGCAUGGCCUUCAGUCUCGACGUUGCCAAUAAUACUAUCAACAACAUGGGCUACAAAGGCAUUUCAGACGAGGAAAACCCACACCUGAACGAUGGCAUGGGCCCCACGUCGACGCGGCCAAGAGAUCCCCUCCACGAAUUCGAUAAAGACGAAAUGAUUCGCCUGUGUCGUCUGCAUGAGGAAGAGAUCGGUAUCAUGUACCCAGUCCUCAACAUUCAAACCGUGAUAUCCCAUGCCAAGAACAUGGCCACAUUUCUUGAAACCUUACGACAACAAAGCCCCAGAGAACUUGUCAACGACGACAAGACUCUACAGCUCAAAAUCAUCAUGUGCUGUGCUCUAGUGGUAGAAGAGCAUGGACAUAGUGAUAAAGCCAUUCGCUUGUUUGAGAGCAUGGAAACGGUGCUCAACCGGAAGCUCAUGGCUGAGGCUGCGGAUGUCGCAACCCUGCCGAUCCUGGCUCUUGUUGCUGGAUACAGAUUUCUCUCUAAUGAUGAAGUUUUGGCUUGGCGAGUCAUGGGUCAUGUCGCACGAUUAUGUCUAGAGCUUGGCAUUCAUCAAAGAACAGGCUUGAUGAGAAUUCAGGACGAAGAGGAACGUAAGAAUGCUCUCGUCAGCUUCUGGUCGGCAUAUGUGCUGGAUAGGCGAUGGGCUUUCGCAACCGGGCUACCUUUCGUCGUUCAAGAUGAAGAAAUCGAUUCAGAGUUACCAUUUCCAGAGGAAUACCCUUAUCUUGUGGCCAUGAUCACCUAUUCCCGGAUAGGUGCAAAGGUGUGGCGACAAGUAGCUCAUUUUGGGCCGGUUCUGGCACGCGAUUUGCGCUCAGCAGAACUGGAAAAUGUCGACCAGGAGUUACUACAGUGGUAUGAACAGAUUCCCGAAGAGGUCAAGGUUCGUAACUGGGACAAGGAGAAGCAUAUCACGUCGACUCCUUCAUAUAAUCUGCAACGCCUACGAAUCUGGACAUAUUUACGCCUGAAUCAAAUGCGGAUCUGGCUUUACACGCCUGUGUUGCAUAGCGCCACAAGCAUCAUGGCGCAUCCUGCACAGUCAGAACGUGUAGUUGACAUCGCCAAAGACACUAUCCGAUACCUCAGCCACCUGAAUAACACAACCAACUUAUACAGACGUGUACAGGUGUUCUACCACCAAUUCCUCACAUCUGCGAUUGCGGUCGUAUUCCUCGCAUCCGUUCAUGCCCCGGUCCGCUUCAGCGCUUCCUGCCGUGAGGAGUUUUAUAUGGCCCUCGAGCUGGUGAAGGAUUUAUCCGCCAAGAGCUGGGCGUCCCAGCGACUUUGGCGCACAAUUCGAUCACUCAAAGACGUGGCACCGCGAUUCGGACUCAAUGCUGAGGACGACCCUCAGUCAACAGCAGCGUUGGGGAUGAUAGGGCUUGCUCGAGGCCAUAUGGAACAACAACAGCCGUUCCGCAAGCCAUCUAUUCCUGGUCAGCAAUCGCAAGCUGCCACCCCAGACUCGAUGGCUCAGAACGGAUCACGAAUUCAAGCCGAGAUGUCACGGAUGUUCGAGGGCUAUGUAGGGUUGAAUGGAUUCCAAUAUAACGAUAAUGAGGGACAACAGGGGCCAAAUGCCGAGGUUUCUGAAGCGUCUAACGGCGGCAUGUUUGGAAGUGAUGGUACUGUCUUUCCUCAGUUCAAGGAGAUGUAUUAG